AUGGCAAUGAGUGUGGCCCGAGUAUCUCCUCACCAUUCAACAUCUCCUCACCACACAACAUCUCCUCACCAUUCAACAUCUCCUCACCAUACAACAUCUCCUCACCAUACAACAUCUCCUCACCAUUCAACAUCUCCUCACCAUACAACAUCUCCUCACCAUACAACAUCUCCUCACCAUUCAACAUCUCCUCACCAUACAACAUCUCCUCACACAACAUCUCCUCACCAUUCAACAUCUCCUCACCAUACAACAUCUCCUCACCAUUCAACAUCUCCUCACCAUUCAACAUCUCCUCACCAUACAUCAUCUCCUCACCAUUCAACAUCUCCUCUCCAUACAACAUCUCCUCACCAUUCAACAUCUCCUCACCUUACAACAUGUCCUCACCAUACAACAUCCUCACCAUACAACAUCUCCUCACCAUUCAACAUCUCCUCACCAUUCAACAUCUCCUCACCACACAACAUCUCCUCACCACACAACAUCUCCUCACCACUCAACAUCUCCUCACCACUCAACAUCUCCUCACCAUACAACAUCUCCUCACCAUACAACAUCUCCUCAACAUACAACAUCUCCUCACCACACAACAUCUCCUCACCAUACAACAUCUCCUCACCGUUCAACAUCUCCUCAUCGUACAACAUCUCCUCACCAUACAACAUCUCCUCACCAUUCAACAUCUCCUCACCAUACAACAUCUCUCCACACAACAUCUCCUCACCAUACAACAUCUCCUCACCAUACAACAUCUCCUCACCAAACAACAUCAUACCAUCUUUUUUUAAAAAUUGCAAUGUGAGAACAAUAUUACCAUUUACUAUUACAUUGUUGGUACAGCAGUAA